UUUGUGGGACUAUCUGUUUCUUUUUUCAUAUCGGACAACUCUUCAUUCGCGUCUGUACAACUUUACUAAAAGAGUAACUUAAGAUAACAUGACAAAAAUCCUGUUAGCUUACAGCGUCGUUAAGUCUCUGAGACAUGGAUGUGUGGUUGGCAGGGGAGUCGGGAACACGUCGGCCUGGCUGAGACUUCAAACUACCAAACAUUUUAGUGUGAAGGCCCAGACAGCUCACCUGGUCUUGGAGGAUGGCACCAGGAUGAAAGGGUUUUCUUUUGGGCAUGAUGCCUCUGUAGCCGGGGAACUGGUCUUCAAUACUGGCCUAGUGGGGUAUCCUGAGGCCCUGACUGACCCCAGCUACAGGGGUCAGAUCCUUACCCUGACCUACCCGAUUGUAGGAAACUAUGGGGUGCCCAACACCCAGGAGCUGGACGAGCUGGGCCUGAGAAAACAUGUAGAGUCAGGACACAUCCAGGUGUCUGGUCUUCUGGUUCAAGACUACAGCCAUGAGUACAGCCACUGGAACUCUGUCAAGUCUUUGGGACAGUGGCUGCAAGAAGAGAAGGUUCCGGCACUGUUUGGAAUAGACACCAGAAUGCUGACCAAAGUCAUCAGAGACAAGGGCACAGUCUUGGGGAAGAUUGAAUUUGAUGGGCAGCCUGUUGAGAUAUCUGACCCCAACAAGAAAAACCUGGUGGCAGAGGUCUCAACCAAGGAAACCAAGGUUUUUGGAAAAGGAAACCCAAUCAAAGUGGUGGCUGUUGAUUGUGGUAUUAAACAUAACAUCAUUCGCCUGCUGGUUAAGAGGGGAGCAGAGGUGCACCUCGUACCGUGGGAUCAGGACUUGCUGAGUCUAGAAUACGACGGUCUGUUCAUCUCCAAUGGUCCCGGAGAUCCGUCUCUGGCCCAGACGCUCAUUGGCAAUGUCCGCAAGGUGCUGGAGAGUGAUCGUCCCCAGCCAGUGUUUGGGAUCUGUAUGGGCAACCAGAUCACCGCUCUGGCUGCAGGAGCUAAGUCAUAUAAGCUACCUAUGGGCAACAGGGGCCAGAACCAGCCGGUGCUGAAAGUGAUGACGGGCCAGGCCUUCAUCACGGCGCAGAACCACGGCUACGGCAUAGACAGCAGGUCCCUGCCCCCAGGGUGGAGCCCGCUUUUCAUCAACGCCAAUGAUGGCACCAACGAGGGCAUCAUGCACAACACUAAGCCCAUUUUCACGGCCCAGUUCCACCCGGAGGCUAAAGGCGGUCCCACCGACACAGAGUUCCUCUUCGAUGCCUUCAUAUCCCUGAUCCAGAAAGGAAAAGACGCUAACAUAGUAUCAGUGAUGCCUAAGAAACCCUACAUCCCUCCCAGAGCCCAGGUGUCAAAGGUGCUGGUUCUGGGAUCUGGCGGUCUGUCCAUCGGUCAGGCUGGAGAGUUUGACUACUCUGGAUCGCAGGCCAUCAAGGCCAUGAAGGAGGAGAACCUGAAAACGGUGCUCAUGAACCCCAACAUAGCUUCGGUUCAGACCAACGAGGUGGGCACCAAGCAGGCCGACUCCGUCUACUUCCUGCCCGUCACGCCACAAUUUGUGACAGAAGUCAUCAAGGCCGAGCGUCCAGAUGGCAUCCUGCUGUCCAUGGGUGGACAGACUGCACUCAACUGCGGAGUUGAAUUGUUCCAGUGUGGCGUCCUGGAGAAGUAUGGGGUGAAGGUCUUAGGAACCCCGGUGGAGUCCAUCAUGGCCACAGAGGACAGACAGCUUUUUGCUGACAAACUGAUGGAGAUUAAUGAGAAGAUCGCACCCAGUAUCGCUGUGGAGUCGGUGUCUGAUGCGUUGAAAGCAGCCGAGCAGAUUGGCUACCCUGUGAUGUUACGAUCGGCCUAUGCACUGGGAGGUCUGGGCUCUGGUCUGUGUGCCAACAAGGAAAAGCUGGAGGAAACCGCCCACAAGGCUCUGGCCAUGAGCAGCCAGAUCCUGGUGGAGAAGUCUUUGCUGGGCUGGAAGGAGGUGGAAUAUGAGGUGGUGAGAGACGUGGCUGAUAACUGCGUCACUGUCUGCAACAUGGAGAACUUCGACCCUCUGGGCAUUCACACAGGUGACUCCAUAGUGGUGGCACCGAGCCAGACAUUGUCCAACGAGGAGUACCACAUGCUCCGUGAGACGGCCAUCAAAGUGGUCCGUCACCUUGGAAUCGUAGGCGAAUGCAACAUCCAGUACGCCCUGCACCCGGCGUCCCUGGAGUACUGCAUCAUCGAGGUCAACGCCCGGCUCUCCAGAAGCUCCGCUCUGGCAUCCAAAGCCACUGGGUACCCCUUGGCUUUUGUUGCUGCUAAGCUGGCUCUAGGUAUCCCCCUGCCAGAGAUCAAGAAUGCCGUAUCGGAGAAGACCACAGCCUGCUUUGAGCCCAGUCUGGACUACAUUGUCACCAAGAUCCCCCGCUGGGACCUGGACCGCUUUCAGGGCAUGUCCCAUGAAAUAGGCAGUGCAAUGAAGAGCGUUGGAGAGGUGAUGGCAGUGGGCCGCACCUUUGAGGAGAGCAUGCAGAAGGCCCUGAGGAUGUGUCAUCCGUCAGUGGAUGGCUUCGUGCCCCGGCUGCCACUCAAGAAAGCCUGGGCCGACACCCAGGACCUGCAACAGGAGCUGGCUGUGCCCUCCAGCACCCGCAUCUUCUCCCUCGCCAAGUCCCUCCACAGUGGCAUGAGUGUCGAUCAGAUCCACCGGCUGACGGCCAUAGACAAGUGGUUCCUCCACAAACUCCACAGGAUAACACAGCUGGAGCAGCACCUGGCGAACUACAGGAGUGGCACCGUGCCCAAGGGGCUGCUGCUGAAGGCCAAGCAGGAUGGCUUCUCCGACCGGCAGGUUGGUCAGAUUCUGGGCUCCAAUGAGAGAGCAGCCAGAGAGCUGAGGCUCACCCAUGGCAUCAAACCCUGGGUCAAACAGAUUGACACCUUGGCAGCAGAGUAUCCAGCUAUGACCAACUACUUGUAUUGUACCUAUCAUGGUCAGGAGCAUGAUCUGGAUUUUAAAGACCAGGGAAUUAUGGUUCUUGGUUGUGGGCCCUAUCACAUUGGGAGCAGUGUUGAGUUUGACUGGUGUGCGGUGUCCAGCAUCAGAGCUUUGAGGCAGAUGGGCAAGAGGACAGUGGUGGUCAACCACAACCCUGAGACCGUCAGCACUGACUUUGAUGAGUGCGACCGCCUUUACUUUGAGGAGUUGACCCUAGAACGCAUUCUGGACAUCAGCCAACAGGAGGGUUGUUCCAGCAGCAUUGUGUCAGUCGGAGGCCAGAUCCCCAACAACCUGGCCGCCCCGCUGCACCUGAACGGGGUGAAGAUCCUCGGGACAAGCCCCCUGCAGAUCGACCGGGCUGAGGAGCGCUCUGUCUUCUCCGGUGUACUAGAUGACCUCGGGGUGGCCCAAGCCCCAUGGAGGGCCCUCAGCUCCCUGGAAGAUGCCUUUGCCUUUGCCAACCAGGUGGGCUACCCCUGUCUGCUGCGCCCCUCCUAUGUUCUCAGUGGCUCUGCAAUGAACGUUGCAUACGGAGAGGAGGAGAUGAAACGCUUCUUGGAGGAGGCCACUCAGGUGUCCCAGGAGCAUCCAGUGGUCAUCACCAAGUUCAUCCGCGGUGCCAGGGAGGUAGAGGUGGAUGCCGUGGCCAAGGAUGGCAAGGUUCUGGUUCACGCCAUAACAGAGCAUGUGGAAGAUGCGGGGGUACACUCAGGAGAUGCCACCCUAAUGCUGCCAACCCAGACUAUUAGCCAGGGGGCGCUAGAAAAGGUUAAGAUUGCCACCCGGAAAAUCGCGCAAGCAUUUGAAAUUUCGGGGCCCUUUAACACUCAGUUUCUGGUUAAAGGCAAUGAUGUCAUGGUGAUCGAAUGUAAUCUGCGAGCAUCGCGCUCUUUCCCUUUUGUAUCCAAAACGAUCGGUGUGGACUUCAUCAAUGUGGCAACCAAAGUGAUGGUGGGAGAACCACUGGAUGAGGCCAACCUGCCCUCGCUGGAAAAACCCAUCAUUCCCGUUGACUUUGUUGGCAUCAAGGCACCCAUGUUCUCCUGGCCACGGCUGAGGGAUGCAGAUCCUGUGCUUCGCUGUGAGAUGGCCUCCACAGGAGAAGUAGCUUGUUUUGGACCAAACAUUUAUUCAGCCUUCCUGAAGGCCAUGCUCUCCACAGGCUUUAAGCUACCGCAGAAGGGCAUCCUGAUUGGGAUUCAGCAUUCUUUCCGGCCCAAUUUUCUGGCUACAGCCCACCAGCUGAAAGAGGAGGGAUUCAAGCUCUAUGCUACUGAAGCCACUUCUGCCUGGCUGUGUGCCAAUGAUGUGCCUGCUACUCCAGUUGCCUGGCCUUCUGAGAAGGAAGGAGACACCAGUUUGCCCAGUAUUAAGAGACUGAUCAGCGAGGGUCAUAUUGAUUUGGUGGUGAACCUGCCCAACAACAACACUCGCCACCUGAAAGAUAACUUCAGCAUCCGCAGAAUGGCUGUCGACCACGGUGUUCCCCUUAUCACCAAUUACCAGGUGGUGAAGUUGUUUGCAGAGGCUAUUCGCUAUGCAGGUGAGCUCGACACUACCAGCCUCUUCCACUACAGGCAGAAAGAUGGCCAACAAAGAGUGGUUAGCCAGCAGAGCUAAAGUUUUCCUUUGUGAAACAGGAGUAUGAAGUGUGAGCAAAUUUCUGUCAUACAGUUUCUUAAAAGUUCCUUCCGUCUGAUUUGCCAUCCCAUAGUGUCAAGAGGGAGUAAGUUAUGUUAGUGGCAGGAGUUGCAGUCUGUCAGGAGUUACCACGACCAAAGCAGAAUAAUUCAUUCUAUACCAUUUACAAGCAACUUUUGGGUUGAAAGGUUGUGAAAAAUAUCUGGUUAAUAAUUACAAAAGGGUUCUUACAGUAAUUCAAGUCUGACAUUGUUAAUACCCAUGCAGCGUCAGUUCAAAACAUGCCUGUUUGGACAGGCCAAUUACUUCCCCUCCAAUAUUGAAUGAUAUCUAUAAUCAACUGGCUGCUGUCAUUACUAAUAGCUAGCCAUUUGGGACCAGGCUAUUUCCAGGAACGAUGCUGUUCGACGAUGUAACAGUUAAUAGGGGUCCCCUCUCAAUACACUAUAUAGUGUGUACCUAUGCCGGCACUAACACACUACUCAUAAAUAUGUCCCGUAGAUCUCACUAACUUGUAAAACAUCAGCAAAACACCCGCCAAGUGUGAAUUUAAUUGGAUGAACAGUUGUUGAGGAAAUCGAAGGACAUACAUACAUACACGCAAACAAAGACUCCCUCCUUUUCAGAUUAGUGCGUUGUUAAAAAUGGAUGAUGGACCAGAUGCUCUGCAGAUAUUUGGCAGAAGGUCAGAGGUCAAAUAGACCCUGACAGGAAACACCUUGAACAACUAAAAAGACAAAACAAUCAUGGCUGUAGGAUCAAUACCAGCCAGAGAUUUGUUUCACAACCUCACAAUGCAGAAGUUAUACUGAAUAAUAGCCAAUGAAGUGAGCUAUAAAGCAUUAAGAAUUAUUAGUAAUAAAUAGACCUUUAGUUACAACCUAUAAGUCUCUUACAAAGGCUGACCAGAGAAGGUAUUCAUACUGCACUCAGGGGUUGCUGGUGUUAGUGGGGUUUUUUUUGCUCUUAGUGGCUUCUUUUUUAAAUUUGGAGGGCCUCUGUGAAUGAGAUAUGAUUUAAGUUUUCAACUUCUCAGCACUCUUAAUACCAAUGGUUUGGCCAAAUGCCUUUUUUAUUGAUGUGGUCUAAUUCAUACAUUUUUGUUUAAGAUUUAAAAUGCUGAAAAUGUACUCUAUAGUAAACAUGUACUAUAUAUGCAUGAUUUUUAAAGAACUGUAGAUAAGGUAUCUGUAAUGAAGGUAAUCCUUAUGCAUUUUCUUUGAUGAGACGGAACUUUUAUUUUUCAAGAGUUCCAGCCUGUAGAAGUAGCUUUGAAGUUUGAGUUUGAUGACAACUGAUCUGUUUAUAUAUUUGGAUUUAUGUGUGUGUGUAUAUACUGUAUGUUUCAAAGAGUCUGCGUUUGAACCUGUUGUGGAUUCUAAAACUUCAGUGCAUUUAACUAUACUCUGUAUAGCAAUAAUCACCCACUCUUACAUUUUGUUGUUCAUGUUUGUGUUACGUAAGAAUCUACUGAACCACAAUGAAGUUUUCUCUCACAUGA